CUUCCUAGCUCUCCUUUCGUCUCAGGGCGCCAACGUCUACGGAAAGAUACGAAAGCCCCAUAUUUUCCCGUUUUUCAAAAACAAAACAAAGCAAACACAUGAAGUUAGACUUGCGUGUUUGUGAGCGGAAUCAAACAGAGCUGGGCCUCUUAGAACCGACUGUGCCAACAGAGGACUCGGAGGACGCCUGCCCGCCUCCAGGGGAGGGUCGGGCCCCCGCCGUCCUGAGCAUCCGCCCGCCCGGCCGACCGCGGGCUCGGGCUCAGCGGGGCUUAAUGAUUAACGGCUGGUGUUGGAACGCGCGGGCGGAGGGACGCCGUGGUGGGAGUUCGCGCGCCGCUCAGGCCCCCGGGCAAGCCCCCCUUCUCUCGCAGCGUCUGUGCUGCCGUGUUUGGAACACACGAUACAGUGAGACCAAAGGAGUUUAACGCAGCGAGAGAGCAAGCAGCUCGACCGACGUACGUUUUCGAUGCGCCUGAGACUCUGAGAGACACGGUUGCACAACACUGGAGCCGGGACAAGUAAACACCGACGCGAGCGGCACCUGCACAGGCUCCCGGGAGCGGGAUGCAGACUGCUGGGGAAGCGCAGUGAGAAUGCGCCGAACAGGCCAGCAAAAUGUUUUCAGACUGCGUCACUGAGCUGCUGACAGACGCGUGCUUCCAAGGAGGCGACAUCACUACCGUUUUCACGCCGAGUGCCAGGCACUGCCAGCUCGUCUGCACCCACCACCCGCGCUGCUUGCUCUUCACCUUCACGGCCGAGUCUUCAUCUCAAGAUCCUGCCAAAUGGUUUACUUGUAUCCUGAAAGACAGUGUAACAGAAACACUGCCAAGGGUGAAUAUGACAGGAGCCAUUUCUGGAUAUUCUUUCAAGCAAUGCUCACACCAAAUAAGUGCUUGCAACAAAAAUGUGUACGUGGGCCUGGACAUGAAGGGCAUGAACUAUAAUGGCUCGAUCGCCAGGAAUGUUCAGGAAUGCCAAGAGAGAUGCACAAAUGAUGUCCACUGUCACUUUUUCACAUACGCAACAAGCCAGUUUCCAAGCGCAGAGCAUCGGAACGUUUGUCUAUUGAAGUACACCCAAAUGGGGACACCAACCAGAAUAACGAAACUCAGUUCAGUGGUGUCUGGAUUUUCACUGAAAUCCUGUGCGCUUUCUAAUCUGGCUUGUAUUAGGGACAUUUUCCAUAGUACAGUGUUCGCAGACAGUAACAUUGACAGUGUCGUGGCUCCGGAUGCCUUUGUCUGUCGCCGCAUUUGUACUCACCAUCCCAGUUGUUUGUUUUUUACCUUCUUUUCUCAAGAAUGGCCAAAGGAAUCUGAAAGAAAUCUUUGUCUCCUGAAAACAUCUGAAAGUGGAUUACCAAGUACACGCAUUAAAAAGAACAAAGCUCUUUCUGGUUUCAGUCUGCAAAACUGCAGGCACAGCGUCCCAGUGUUCUGUCACUCCUCAUUUUACCACAACACUGAUUUCUUGGGAGAAGAAUUGGACAUUGUUGAUGCGAAAGGGCACGAAGACUGCCAGAAAAUGUGUACCGACACCAUCCGCUGCCAAUUUUUUACCUAUUCCCCAUCUCCAGAGUCUUGCAACGGAGGGAAGGGUAAAUGUUACUUAAAACUUUCUUCAAAUGGAUCUCCAACUAAAAUACUUCAUGGGAGAGGCGGCAUCUCCGGAUAUACAUUAAGGUUAUGUAAAAUGGAUAAUGAGUGUACAACCAAAAUCAAGCCCAGAAUUGUUGGAGGAACGGCAUCUGUUCAUGGUGAGUGGCCGUGGCAGAUCACUUUGCAUACCACGUCACCCACCCAGAGACACCUAUGUGGAGGCUCCAUCAUUGGAAACCAGUGGAUACUAACAGCUGCUCACUGUUUCGACGAGGUAGAGUCACCUAAAAUCUUGCGUGUCUAUAGUGGCAUUUUAAACCAAUCAGAAAUUAAAAAGGACACAUCUUUUUUUGGGGUUCAAGAAAUAAUAAUCCAUGACCAAUAUGAAGUGGCAGAAAGCGGGUAUGAUAUUGCCUUGUUAAAACUGGAAACUGCAAUAAAUUACACAGAUGCUCAGAGACCCAUAUGUCUACCUUCCAAAGGAGAUAGAAAUGUAGUAUAUACUGAUUGCUGGGUGACUGGAUGGGGCUACAGAAAGUUAAGAGGCAAGAUACAAAAUACUCUCCAGAAAGCUAACAUACCUUUGGUGACAACUGAAGAAUGCCAGAUAAGAUACAGAAGGCAUAAAAUAACCAAUAAGAUGAUCUGUGCAGGUUAUAAAGAAGGAGGGAAGGAUGCUUGUAAGGGAGACUCAGGGGGCCCCCUGUCCUGUAAAUACAACGAGGUCUGGCAUUUGGUGGGCAUCACCAGCUGGGGAGAAGGCUGCGGUCAAAGGGAACGGCCAGGGGUUUACACCAACGUGGUUAAGUAUGUGGACUGGAUUUUGGAGAAAACUCAAGCAGUGUGAAAGAGUCCCCAGAUGCCCCUUGACACUGUGAAAGGAAAACCAGGUUAUUUCUGGGAGGAGGGUUUUGAUUUCACUGAAGACAGAUGCUGGGCUGCCAUUUUCCUCCACAGGUUAUGCUAUUGAGACAGUAACGCAUUGAAAAGGGUCGGUAUUUGUGAGAAUGUGCCAAAAGAAACAAAUGGUCAUUUCCAAAAUUUCCAUUCUAUGAUAAUCAGUUUGUUUUCAGCA